AUGGCGGAGUACGAUCCCCUCGAUCCACCUACCUACGGUGACACCCCCGACGACGGCGCCAGCGAGUCCUACGAUCCGUCCCAACACCAGCAGAACGGCGGCGACGAGGCCGAACAAGACGAAGACUACGAUCCUUCGAGCAUCAACUACGGCGAGAGCGCAGACUCGGACACGAUCGCGGUAGCUCAGCCCGGGCAGCCUUCCAUACAGACUCCUUCCCAGACCGACGCACCUUCCAAACCGCCUCAAAAAGUCGCAGGCUUCAUAGUAGAAGAAAGUGAUGAUGAGCAAGAGCAAGAUGCGAGCGCCCCGCCGCCGCCCUCACAACUGAAUGGAGACGCCGGUUCUCAUUCUGGUCUCGGUGCGGUGGCAGUCUCAGAGGCGGAGGAUGUUAAUCUAAGUAGUGCACCACAAGAUGACACGGCUGCUUCUGCUACCACAAGUCUAAAUGGGUCCACCACUGUUCCCGUGCUUGAGUCUUCUUCAUCAAAUGCCCCACCUGAUCUCACAGUGCAGCCUCCAGAACAGGGUAAGACUGUCUCACCAGUGGCUUCUGCUCAGGCUUCCGUUCAGGCAUCUGUUGCACCAACUCCAGUGCCCGCCGCAGAGACACCUGCUGCUGCAACACCCGCUCCGCAGCAAGUGCAGCAACCUCCGCCUCAGACCAAUGGCGCAGUGCAGCAGCCCCCAGCCCGACUACCACACGACAAAGUCGGCCAGCUCGAGGAUCGUAUCAAAGAUGACCCGAAAGGUGACACGGAUGCCUGGAGUGCACUCAUCGACCAUUACUUCGACAAAGGCCAGUACGACUAUGCACGAGAAGUCUAUGAGAGAAUGUUGAAAGUCUUCCCUACGGCGGUCGUCUUGUGGGUCGGGUACAUCGCGAUGGAGAAGAAGCUGGACGAGACAGACAGAAUCGUCCACAUCCUCAACAAGUGCCUCAUGCAGAUACCGAACGUCGAUCUUUGGAAGUUCUACAUGGACCACGUUCGGCGAGCAUUGCCACUGAUCAACGACACAAACGGCGUCAAUCGCGCAGAGCUGAUGAAGGCGUGGGACAUGACCUUUGACCAUGUCGGCAUUGACCCUGCUGCAGGUCAACUCUGGAGAGAGUACAUCGACUUCAUGAAAGACGGGCCUGGCAGUGUUGGUGGUACCGGCUGGCAAGACAUGCAGAAGGCCGACCUCCUCCGCGCGGCCUACCAGCGUGCCAUCAAGAUCCCGAACGGGGAGUUCAUGAAGCUGUGGAAGGAGUAUGAGGCAUUCGAACACAGUCUCAACCGACAGACCGCCCGUAAGCACAUUCAGGAGCAGAGUCAACACUACAUGGAAGCUCGAAAAGCCAAGGUGCAGCUGGACCAGAAGCUUGAUGGCCUCGAUCGAUCUUCGCUGCCGCAACUGCCGCCGAUCUAUGGUUUUGCUGGCGAGGAGCAGUUCGGUGACCAGGUUGAGAAGUGGCGAGCAUGGAUCGCGUGGGAGCGCGACGAAGACCCGCUAGUGUUCAAAGGCACAGAAGACGACAAGUACCGGCAGCGUGUGAUUUACGCCUAUCGCCAGGCUACAAUGUUCUUAACGUUCUACCCGGAGAUCUGGUAUGACGCCGCAUCGUGGUGCUUCACACAACCACAGCUGGAGUCCGAAGGCGAGCAGUUUCUGGAGAAGGGUAUUGCUGCAAAUCCCGAGUCGGUCCUGCUUGCUUUGUUGAAGGCCGAUCGCAUCGAGGCCAAUCUUGCCACCGGAAACACGGACGAUGUCCUCAUCGCCAAUGGCGAGAAGCUCGAUGUGCCAUUCGAGGGCUUGCUUACCGCACUUUACACUCUUGUCACCAAGACAAAGCAGAAGGACAAGUUCACUGCUGCACAAAUACAAGAGCACUACAAUUCACUACCGCCAGAGGACGAGCAGAUGGAGAACGAGGAAGCUGAUGAUGACGAAGAUGCUUCAAAGCCCAAGACUCGACAAGAACAGAUGCAGGCCGAACUCGAUGCAGCAAAGUCUUCGUUCGCAGCUCAGCUUGACACCCUCAAGCGCACCAUUUCGUAUGCCUGGGUUGCUAAGAUGCGCGCGUUCCGCCGUGUUCAAGGUCAAGGCAAGCCGGCGAAGAAAGGCGCAGAUCCCAAUACCAAGGUCGUAAAGGGCUUCCGAGGCAUCUUCGUCGAGGCUCGUCCACGUGGUAUGCUGUCAAGCGCUGUGUACAUUGCUUCAGCUCUCAUGGAAUGGCAUGGGUACAGAGAUGGCGCCGCCGAGAGGAUCUUUCAACGAGGCGCGAAGCUUUUCCCAGAGGACCACAUCUUCAUCCUUGAGUACGUCAAGCAUAUGAUCAAUGUGGGAGACAUCACAAAUGCUCGCGUCGUCUUCAAGGGUGCCAUCAGCAAGCUCAACAAUGCGGAGAGAUACUCUCUCGAGCAACGUCGCAAGAGAUGCCGUCCACUACUCGUCUUCAUGCACGACUGGGAGAGCAAGUACGGGGACUAUGCGGAGAUCGUCAAGAACGAAGCACUGAUGGCAAAACUAUACCCUGAGGAGCCUGAGAUCAACCGCUUCAGCCACCGCUCUACACUUCCCGAUUUCGAUGCUGUCGCUGUACAGCUUCUGCUGAGCCCAACACAAGCACGGCCCAAGACCGACAUUCCGCAAGUGCUCGCGCCUGAACAGAACCCUCUCGGCGCCACAAGCCCUCGGGCUCAGGAACUUAUCCUCGGACCUAACGGCCCAUACCUCGCCAGCCCCAAGCGUCCUCUCGACGACUCUGACGCCGACACCUCCCAACGUACCAAAUUCAUGCGCGCCGAGUCGCCUCUCAAGGGCAAUGCAGGCAACGCCGGCGUCCGCAUCAACAAGGGCAGCGCUACUGUUCCCACCGGCAACGUCACCCAUGGAGGCGGUUUCGCGACUAAGACUUUCGUACCGGGAGGCCUCCCACCUGGCCCUCCUCCUAUCCCGCCCAAGAUUCUUGAGAUUCUGGGUGCGCUACCACCUGCACGCUCCUACACUGGAACGCGCCUUGAUCCAUUGAAGAUAGUGCCGUUCCUUGCUACGGUGAAUGUGGAUCAUGCGAAGGCGAUGUACCAAGCUGGACAGCUACCACAAUUCCCCCGUGCGCAGUAG